AUGAGUAUCUCAGCUUUUAGAGGCAGCACCAAAGGGAAGCCUCUGCCACCAGGCGAGGAGGAGCGCAAUAAUGUCCUCAAGCAAAUGAAAGUGCGAACCACGCUGAAGGGGGACAAGAGCUGGAUCACCAAGCAAGAUGAAUCAGAUGGCCGCACUAUAGAGCUGCCCUCAGGCCGGAGUCGUGCCACAUCCUUUUCAUCAGCUGGGGAGGUCCCCAAGGCCAGGCCUCUGAGCACGAGGGCUCCCACUGGCUACAUCAUCCGGGGGGUGUUCACGAAGCCCAUAGACAGCUCAUCCCAGCCCCAGCAGCACUUCCCCAAGGCCAACAGAGCUCCGAAAAGUGCUGCCGGCCUGGUGAGAACAGCUAGCACUGGCCCUCCCCGCCCCUCAUCCUCUGGCUACAAGAUGACCACCGAGGACUACAAGAAGCUGGCGCCCUACAACGUGCGGCGCAGCUCCACAUCAGGGAAUGCCGAAGAGGAGGAGGCGCCCUUCUCUUCCGAUGAGCAGAAACGGAGGUCAGAGGCUGCAAGCAGUGUGGUGAGGAAAACAGCUCCCCGGGAGCACUCCUACGUCCUGUCGGCAGCCAAGAAGAGCACUGGUCCUACCCAGGAGACGCAGGCGCCAUUUAUUGCAAAGAGGGUUGAGGUGGUGGAUGAGGACGGGACUUCUGAGAGGAGCCGGGACCCACUUGCUCUGGCAAGACACACUCCUGGCUCGAGCAGCGUGGAUGGAGGCAGAACCAAAAUGUCUCGGGCGAUUUGGAUCGAGCGCGCAUCAAAUGUGCCUAGUCCCGCUGGCAGCCGGGCGCUCAGCUCGAGAGGUGAGGAAAUUGUCCGCCUGCAGAUCAUGACACCCAGGGCAGGACUCCGUCUGGUGGCCCCAGACCUGGAAGGCAUGAGGUCUUCCCCCAGCCACAAAGACAAGGAGGCACCUUGCUCCAGAAGGCUUGAGAGGGACUUGGCUGGUGAGGAGGCUGUCAGGGGCACUGACACAGACUCCGAAAGGUCAAGUGCACAGUCAAGUGGUGGCAACGUGGGAUCCGGAGCCACAGGGUCCCCACCUGAGGGCUUGGCUGGAGCAGAUGUUGCUUCUGAAAGAGGAGGGCUGGGCUCGGCUGCUAGCUUCGCCCCUUUCCUGGAUGAUCGGGAUGUACAUGGUGCCAACUCUCAGUCCUGCAAGCCCGGACCAGCAGCCAUCAGUUCCAGUGCCACUUUGGUCUCUGCUGUCCCGGCUGAUAGGAAGAGUGACAGCACAGCAGACCUGGAGGACACAAAGGAAGACCCAAAGGGCGCCUUGGCUGGUUAUGAGAAGAAUGUGGCCACCAAGGUUGGAGAGGCCUGGCAGGAGAGGCCGGGAGCCCCGAGAGGUGGCCACGGAGACCCAGCUGUACCCACGCAGCAACCUGCAGAUCCCAGCACCCCAGAGCGACAGGGCAGCCCCAGCGGACCCGAGCAGCUCAUCGGACUGGAGAGCUGUGGCAGCAGCGCCUUGGCUGGUUAUGAGAAGAAUGUGGCCACCAAGGUUGGAGAGGCCUGGCAGGAGAGGCCGGGAGCCCCGAGAGGUGGCCACGGAGACCCAGCUGUACCCACGCAGCAACCUGCAGAUCCCAGCACCCCAGAGCGACAGGGCAGCCCCAGCGGACCCGAGCAGCUCAUCGGACUGGAGAGCUGUGGCAGCAGGGUGAGAAGCCCCUCAAGCUGCAUGGUGACUGUUACUGUCACUGUCCCUUCUGAGCAGCCUCACAGUUAUAUUCCAGCCCUGCCAAGUGAAUUGGACUCCAGCUCGACCACUAAAGCGAUUCUCUUUGUGAAGGAGUAUGUCAAUGCUAGCGAAGUGUCUUCUGGGAAGCCGGCAUCUUCACACUAUGGCAGUGUCAGCAGCAUUGAGGACUCGUUUGACAUGGAGAAGAAACCGCCAUAUGACAGCACCCCGUACUCUGAGAGAACAACUGGAGGGAUCUGUACUUACUGCAACCGUGAGAUCCGAGACUGUCCAAAGAUUACCCUAGAACAUCUUGGCAUCUGCUGCCAUGAAUAUUGCUUUAAGUGUGGGAUUUGCAGUAAACCGAUGGGCGAUCUCCUGGGCCAGAUCUUCAUUCACCAUGAUACCAUCCACUGUGGGAAGUGCUAUGAGAAGCUUUUCUAG